UGAAGCUCACCGUUAGCUGUUGGGUGGAAAAUGGAAAUGCCGCCGUAGAAAAGUUCCGAUCAGAUACCUGAACUUAACUUCCCUUGCCAUUUCAACCCUCCACGGCUCUCUGGUCAAAACGCCGGCCACUCAAUGUGAGUAUUAUUGCAUACAGUUCACAGACGGAGCUGGACGGACACGAUUCCGUGGUUGGAGCCAAAGGCAAACAGUACAACACAGGACGAAAAUCAUCAAUUCUCCCACUCCAAUUCUCCUCGCCGUUUCCAACUUCGCCCUCGCUCCGGGGAGAGAGCGGAGGGGGGAACUAACUAAUUAGUGCUGCUGCUGCGAUGAUGACCCUCGUUUCCACCGGCGGCCGCUCCUUGGCUGUGCGACCACUGCCUAACUUCAGGACCACGCCACCAUCGCGGCGGAGGCCUGCGCCGCCUUCUCUGAAGACCCCGCGCGCGGCCAUUGUGGAAUCGAGGCCGGUCAAAAUAGCGCAUGCGGCAAGGGAUAAUGCCUCCAACGGUAACGGCGCGCUGGUACUCGUGUCCGGCGGAGGCGGUGCAGGAUCCGGAGGAGGAGGUGGAGGUAGUCAAUCUGAAGAUAUUCAGGCGGAGGCUAGAGCCAUGGCUCGUGCCGCCGAUGCUCCCAUUUUCACCCCGGAGCUUAUUGCUAACAAAUAUGGCCGUAGACCUAUCGAGGUUUUGAGGAGGACGAUAGAGAUUUUGAUAGCGUUAGUUUCGUUUGGGUUGAAGCUGUGGUUGGACGAGAGAAAUGGAGUGUUCGAUCAGAAUAAGAGAGUCCGAGCGGCGGAGCUUAGGCAGAUUUUCACUCGAUUAGGACCGACUUUCGUCAAAUUGGGGCAAGGACUCUCCACCAGGCCUGAUAUCUGCCCUCCCGAGUAUCUGGAAGAGCUCUCUGAGCUUCAGGACGACUUGCCCACAUUCCCUGAUGAGGAGGCAUUUGCCUGCAUCGAGAGAGAGUUGGGGGUUUCUCUCGACUCCAUUUACUCAACCAUUUCGCCUUCUCCUAUUGCAGCUGCGAGUCUCGGCCAAGUUUACAAAGCUCAACUCAAAAACUCUGGCCAAACUGUUGCUGUCAAGGUGCAACGCCCCGGCAUCGAGAAGGCUAUUGGUCUUGAUUUCUACCUCGUCAGGGGGCUCGGCAGAUUGAUCAACAAAUACGUUGAUUUCAUCACCAGUGAUGUUGUUGCUCUUAUUGAUGAAUUUGCAUACAGAGUUUACCAGGAGCUCAACUAUGUCCAGCUGCAUGUGUUAGUAGUAUCUUUUGGUAAGCUUCGUUUGGGUUUUGAUGUAAAUUUGCACAGGAUCAUUGUGCAGGAGGGACAAAAUGCAAGGAGAUUCAAGAAGUUGUAUGCUGACAAUGAAGAAAUAUUAGUUCCUGAUAUUUUCUGGGAGUAUACAAGUGGCAAGGUCUUGACCAUGGAAUGGGUUGAGGGUGUUAAGUUAAAUCAACAGGAGGCUAUAGAGGGUCAGGGCUUAAAGGUUCUGGAUCUUGUGAACACGGGAAUACAAUGCAGCCUCAGGCAGCUCCUUGAAUAUGGAUAUUUCCAUGCAGACCCUCAUCCUGGUAAUCUCUUAGCAACACCGGAGGGGAAGCUCGCCUUUCUUGAUUUUGGAAUGAUGAGUGAGACCCCAGAAGAGGCAAGAUAUGCCAUUAUUGGUCACGUGGUACACCUGGUUAACAGAGAUUAUGAAGCUAUGGCUCAGGAUUAUUAUGCUCUCAAAUUCCUCUCCACGGAUGUUGAUGUUACCCCAAUUGUUCCAGCAUUGCAGAAUUUCUUUGAUGAUGCACUCGAUUAUACAGUUAGUGAGCUUAACUUCAAAACCCUAGUGGAUGGACUGGGGGCUGUUUUCUAUCAGUACCCAUUUAAUGUUCCAGCUUAUUAUGCACUGAUAUUGAGAUCCCUCACCGUGCUUGAAGGAUUGGCCCUUUAUGCUGAUCCUAACUUCAAGGUUCUGGCUGCUUCAUACCCUUAUUUCGCAAAAAGGCUUCUCACUGAUCCAAACCCAUAUCUUAGAGAUGCUCUUGUCGAGCUGCUUUUUAAAGAUGGGAGGUUCAGGCACGUAUGGAAGAGACUUGAAAAUCUACUUGAGCAAGGAAGAAAAGACCGAGAUUUUUCAGCAAGAGAUGCUCUACAGCCUGUAUUGAAACUACUGCUGGCCCCAGAUGGUGAAGAAUUGAGAAGAUUGGUUGUGAAGGAAGCUGUAUAUGUAUCAGAAGCUGUAGUUUUGACCUCAGUUGUUGAUACUUACAAUUCCAUACCCGCCAUGUUAAGACCUCCAAUCCUAUAUGGGAAUGGAAGAGGGCCUCUCACGAUGAGUGAUGCUGAACUGCUAAGAACUAGAGAGUUCAGGGACCUAGUUGUCAGAGUAUGGGGACUUCUACGAACCUCUGAAGAUUUUGACCCGGCCCUCUUGCAACCCAUAUUGCAGGUCCUUCAACAGCCCGAGGCACGCAGUCUAGGAGGACGUGUUAUCGGUGGAGUAACUCAACGCCUUGCCGCACGAUUCUUGCAACAAGUGCUUCGCACGCCGCCACCUGUUCCGACCUCAUAGACAUUCUUUUCUGCGUUUCAGGUAAGAAAGAUUCAUGUAACCUUGUACACUAUUGGAAAAGAAGGGGUAAAAGAAAAAGGGAAGGAUGAAUGAAAAGUUGAGAUGCUGAGUGGAUCAUCUCACCAAUUGUUUCUCUGGCAAUCAUGUAUAAUAGAAAAGUUCCCAAUACUCUGAUCCAGCAUCUUGCAUCUUGACAGGCAGCGAACAAUCUUAUUGUUCAGGAAAUCGUAUACAACUGCUCUUAAUACUUUCGCGAGCCAACAUUACAAAGUAAUUAGGGCAAGAAAGGUAGAUCCCAAUCUUGAAAGCACGAGUCGCAGUUUACUGAUUAUAUAUCAAUUGUCAAAUAA